ACCGAUAAAGAAACCAUGAGUGUUUUCAAUGACUUCCAACGAUUGUGGAUGGAACGCUUCCCACAGAGUUCUCUAUCCGAUGCUUGGGAACAGGAUGUUCGUGCCAGCCUUGAAAGACAUAAAGCAAAAAUAAUUGAAUUAACCAAAGAAUUGGAACAAGAAACAUUAUAUGUGGAAUAUUUGGAGCGAUUGCUUUCCGAUGUGGAAAAAUAUCGGGAAUCUGGUGGUGAUCCUACAAGUUUGUUCGAGGCGGCAACAAAUGCUGAAAAUAAUGGUUCAAAGUCUUCCGUUUCUGGUGAUCACUCAGAACAGUCCGGUGGUGGCGAAAGGGAAGACAGUAGCGGAGAUCGAUGCUCGAAAUCCAGCUUAAAUCUAAGAGAAUCUAAAAAUGCUAGCAAGGAACAAAGUAAUAGGCUAUCAUUAAACACCGAUAAUAAAUAUACAUCUGGAUCUGGUGGUAAAAAUGACAAAAAUAAUCUUCCAUCUACAUCCAGCGAAGAACGCGAAAAAGAGGACAAGGAUAUCGGCACUGAAAAAGACAAUGGCAAAAAUGGAGCACUACACCAGUGUAUUAGUGAAUUGGCCGCAUCGAUAGCAUCGAACGAGGAUAAUUCAACGGCAGACAUCAGCAGUUUAGCCAACAAAAAAUCAUCCUCAGCAUCCGAUCGAUCAACAUCAUCAUCUUCCAAAAACACAUCACAUUUUGUUACGGUUAUUGAGGUGAAGGAAAGCAAAAUAAACAUGGAUCAGAAUAAUCCAUGCUUAUCUAUGGAUCAAGGUUCUGAUAUUGUUCCCGAUCAAAUGACAUCUACAUUUAGCAGUUUCGAAAGAAAACCUUCUGCGCCGCCACUUUCCCCUUCGAUGUCAUCGUCAUCGAAUGCCGCAGCAUUAUUAGAGGCCAACAAGAAAAAAAUGCCACCACGUCCUCCGCCAAAAAUUAUCAGACGAGUCGAACCCCCAACAAUUCCCGGUUCAAUACUUUCCUCUUCUCCCAAACGUGAUCCAAUAUUUGCUGGCAGUUCUGUACCUUUGCCCUCCAAUUCUGGAAAUUUGUCGUCUUCAGAAAGCCCAGCUAAUUCCCUAGAACGUAAUGUCAAGCCAUCGGAUAUUCUGCGGUCAAAAUCUUCCGAAUCGAGCGAAAGUAAGGGAUUCUCUCAAAAUCGAAAGACAACGCCUGAACUGAACAAGUUUAUAAAUAAUUCCGAAUUUCUUGAAGAAUUGGGUCAUAAAAUAAAUAAAACGGAAAGUUUGGAAAAAACUAAGCGGCCUGAGAUAGGCUACACACACAGUCCAACUGGUAGUUUGGGGCGAACAGCGAGCGGCAAUGCACAAACAAGUGGUCCGCCUGCUAUUAGUCGACAGAGUAAACCAACAAGCUAUACCGCAGCUGGCACAUCGCCCACAAGCAGUCUAAAUAAAAAUGCCAAACUUACGGAUAAUGCAUCAACUGGCAGUUUAGAUAAAAAAUCAAGAUCAACCUUACAACCGGUGGAUGCAGAAUCAUCAAUAGCUCAAGGCCGUAAUGUUGGAUCUAAAGAGUCUCUGUCAUCACAGGGCAUAUCGGAAAUUAUUAAAAGCUAUGAAUCAGUUUCGUCAUUAAGUUCAGAAAGUGUCCGAGCUAACCAGACCGGAGAUAGUGAGCAGGAACAUUUAUAUGAUACUGUACCCCUAGACAAUGGGGACGAUGAAUAUGUUUAUAUAAAGCCAGGACGUACAGGCUCUUCAUCUAGUCGCGACGAUUUAUCAACGCCUGGUAGCGUUGUUCCAAUGAGUUCACAUGCACAUUUAAGCAGUCAAGCAAGUGUUACAGAUCCAGAAUCUCCUGGUCGAUCUUCAAAUUAUGUCAAUAUUGAUUAUUUUAUACAUCAAAAUAAUGAGACCCGUUCUAGUUCAAUGGAUAGUGAUGGCGAAUAUGAAAAUGGUAUGCCCAUAAUGCGUACUAUUUCACAUGAUGAUCACAAUACUCCAGUUCCAGGUGUUCUUCGAAAGAAUCUUGUUUCAGCAAUACUUGUUUCCGGCAAUCAGCGUGGCAAUAAAAUAAGGACAAUUCUAAACAUUAUCAUACAGAGUGAAACAAUAUAUGUUGCGUGUUUAAAUACUAUGAUACAAUACAAAAAGGCCAUACAUGCAACAUUGGGCACGUCACAGCCCGUCAUCAAAGAAGAGGAAGAGAACACAAUUUUCUUCAUGAUCGAGAAGCUAUAUGAUUCACAUUCGAUAUUUCUGAGCGAUUUGAAAACACUUGUAGCUCACGAGGGUGGCGAUGUGCUUAUUGGUGAAACGUUUAAGCGACUAGCCGAAAUGGUUGAUUUGUAUAGUGCGUUCUUGCACAAUUACAACCAAGCCAUCGAAACGGUAAAGAAAUGCAGUGCCAAUAAUCCGCAGUUCAAGAAGAUAGUUUCGACAAUUGUCUUGAACCUGCAGACAGAGCAAUCGCUGACACUGGAAGAUCUGUUGCACAAGCCAGUGGCCCGUGUGCAAAUAAAUGCCCUGGUAUUUAACGAUCUUCUUGAGUGUACCCCUCCAAAUCAUCCCGAUCAUCAUCCGCUUAGGCAUGCACACGACACAAUACACAAGUUCCUCAAGCAAUUCAAUGUGGUCAAUCAAAAGUUGCCAACCGAAUCGAAUAAGAAUCUCCGCCGUAUGGUGAAGAAUUCCUUCAUUGUCGAACUUGUGGAUGGGCAUCGUAAGCUGCGACAUCUCUUCCUGUUCAAUGACGUAAUAGCAUGUGCCAAAUACAAGGCCUCCGGUCGCGACCGCAUAGACUACGAACUCAAGUGGUUUAUUCCGCUGAAAGAUGUGGCCGUCUUUGAGGAGACCGACGCCGGUGCCGAUCUUAAGGAAUCUAGUCCACCAAAUAUUUUGCAGCUAAAAACGCAAGCGUGUACCGUGCGAGAUCAGCUGCUAAUGGAGGAGAAGGCGGAUGAUAAAUCUCGCAAGGCCAACGGACUUCGCUAUGGCGACAAGUAUCGCAGAAAAUUGGCUGAUUUGGAAUCACAAUUAGUGCUGGCAUCGCCCAAUUUAGUGUUUCGCAUAGGCAAUAAGUCAACAAAUAAGACGGUUACAUUUUUCUUAAGUUCCGACUUUGAAAGGACCCAGUGGAUAGAUUCGAUACUUAGUCUACAGCAAACUUGUAAUAUUCCUGGUGCCAGCAGUAUAAAUGCCCUUGAGGUUCACGCCUUCAUUGUAGCCAUGCAAAAGAGCAUGAAGACCGAAAUGGGAUCAUAUCUGAUGCGCAAUACAAACGAUGAAAGUUUACUGGUGGGUGAUCUACACAUGACGGUGCAAAGCUUAACGGGCCUGGAACAACCCCUCGAUUCCUAUAUAAUAAUAGAAGUCGAUUCGUAUGGUCAUUACUUCCGCAAGGCUGGUACGAAAAUGAUUUGCCGUACAACAAACCCUGUUUGGAAUGAAAGUUUUGUAGUUGAGCUGGAAGGCAGUCAAAAUGUUCGUAUUUUACUAUACACCGUGCAGGAUAGACCCAUUUUAAAAUCAAAACACGUGCUUAAGUUGAGCCGCAGCUGGUUGAAGGAAACACCACAAGCCCGUGUCAUCAAAUUGGGCGAAAACUUAGUCCUAAACACUCUUCUACAUUUCGUACCUGGUGAAGUGACUUUAAGGCGAGUGCCUACCUCGAAACCGGGAGCACUGUUUGGUGCAAAAAUGCAACAAGUUCUGAAACGGGAAAAACGUGACAUUCCAUUUAUAAUAAGUGCCUGUAUACGAGAAGUGGAGAAACGGGGAAUGUCUGAAGUUGGCAUUUAUCGGGUUAGCGGUUCCGCCUCCGAUUUAGCCAAAUUAAAAAAAUCGUUUGAAACCAAUGCAUACGAAGCCGAACAGUUAUUGAAAGAUGUUGACAUUCACUCGGUAACCGGUAUUCUAAAGUCGUAUUUACGCGAAUUGCCCGAGGCUUUGUUCACAGAUGUUUUGUAUCCGAAAUUCUUUGAAACAUUCAGCAAAUUCACGAAUAACAACGAGGCAGAACGUAUCAGAGAAUUGUUGGUGAUUUUUGAGGAGUUGCCACCAGCCAAUAAGGCGUCCAUUAAUCAUAUCUUAGAUCAUUUAAUAAGAGUUCACAAUCGGGAAGCCGACAACAAAAUGUCUCUACACAAUUUGGCUAUGGUGUUUGGCCCCACACUUCUACGACCGGGUGCAACACAAACCAAACAGAAGGAUCUAUUGGCUGCCAGCACGGUAGAUGUUAUGGCCCAAGCUGGUAUUCUGUACUGUUUCCUGCAGGCCCGCAUGCAAUAUGACAGAGACUCUAUAAUUCCAUAAUGGAAAGGACACUGAUGACGACAAUGAUUGAUGAUUAACCGGCCAUCUAUAAAAUAAAGCAUUAAAUGCUGCAAACCAUAUGCUGCUCAGGCGGCGGAAUGUUUGAUUAAGCGUAUUCCAUAGCUCAAGUAACACUUAACAGGUCAUUAUGAACAUACAAACAUAUAUUAUAUAUAGAGGAGAGCACGAUAUUUUUAUAUAUACAUAUAUAUUAUGCAUUUUAUGUAAAUACAAUACAUAAAUCCAAGUGGUUCGUUCAGUUUCGUCAAGUAUUAUUGCUUUGAGCUGGCUGAUUCUUCGAAAACAAAAAA